AUGGGUAAAAUCUUGAUAUUUUAUUUUUUAGUUAUUGGUUUGGACGUUGUAACUCCAGAAUCUUUAUACGGCUUCGAAUCUGAGUCACUUCCUCCUAUUCCAUCGAUAAAUCCAAACUUCACGUCGGAGAACGUCGUCCUUCCAGACACGUCUCUAUUCCUGGAGGAAAGCCGUAAUUUGCACCCAGAACCGUUUGUGUCUUUCCCGAAAUACAACAACUACCUCUUGGACAAAUCAAAAUUCGACCAGCACAGCAGGAUACUGAUAUCUUUAAAUCUCUUGGGAAUAAAGCCAGUGGAGUUCGGAGAGAUCAUAACGAAGCAUACUCUGCCAGAGGACGGUAGCGUCGUGAGCUAUGCUGAAUAUCGCCAAGAUGGUGCCUUAUUGCCUAAAGAGUACGACGAUUCUGUGGUACGAAGAUGGGGUGUCGAUAUAACCAUCGGAUCACCAUUAUUGUCGGUGGCUGUGUUAGUACCUGAAUACGUUCCGGUAGAACUACCGCCAGAGCCGAAGAUAACUUUCCAGGAUGUUGGCUAUGAUACCAGCGACUAUUGGACGAAGUCGAGUUUUAAGAAAAGCAGCUUGGAAAACGACCCUCAGUUCCUGAGGGUAAAGAGGGAAAACAGGAAAUUGGUGUACAAAAGUUUAGCUGGAGUACCUCUCAGUAGUCCAAUAAGGCUUCAGAUGUGGAUGGAUCCUAAUAAUACAGUGCUGAACGCAAGAUCAAACCCUCAGUGCGUUCACUGGUCGAGAGUUAGAGGAUUUGGAGAGUGGUCCAGAGUUGGGUGCCGAACUGAAAUCUCCGAUGAGUGGUUCGAAACGGUUGACGAUGGACCAAUUUUAGUAAAUUGCAGCUGUAAUCAUUUGAGUACGUUUGCAGUACUUGUAGAUGUUGUGGACUUAGAGUACAUUCCUGAACCGUCCCUCCUGGAAGACAUAUCCAGCUACAGUUGUUUCUCCAUUUCGCUGCCGCUUUUACUGGGAACAUACCUUAUUCUGGCCCUGAUCAGGGGAUUGCAGACUAAUUCGAACACCAUCAGGAAGAAUUUGGUGUUGUGCGUCUUUCUUGGCGAACUGCUGUAUUUCGUUGCUCUGAAGGCGAGAAAACCAAUGAUAGGAAAUGAGUUUUCCUGUAAACUGGUUGCGAUCGGUCUGCACUACCUCUGGCUGGCCUCUUUCUCGUGGAUGCUUGUAGACGCGAUUCAUCUAUACAGAAUGCUGACGGAAAUGCGCGACAUCAACCAUGGGCCCAUGCGGUUUUACUACAGCAUGGGCUACGUCGCUCCUGCUGUGGUCGUCAGUCUUGCUGUUGGCGUGCGAGCUCAUCAGUACGGAAAUUAUUAUUUCUGUUGGGUGUCUUUGUAUGAAAGCGUGGUCUGGAGUCUAGUGGGUCCAAUAUGUCUUUUGGUGCUGAUCAAUAUUUUUGUAUUAGCCUUUUCUGUGAGGGCUGCAUUUACUUUACAAGAUCAUGUCUUGGGUUUUGGCAAUCUCAGGACGCUGCUUUGGGUAUCUGUGAUAGCUCUACCAUUGUUAGGAGCAACGUGGGUGUUGGCUCUAUUAGAUGCAUCAGAGAGACAUCCUCUUCUAACACCAUUUUUAUCAGUAGCAGUACUGGUCCAUGCGGGAUUUUCCCUUGCAGGAUACUGCUUCGCCAACAACAGAGUAAGACAAAACCUAAUAAGAUCUAUUAUGAGAUGCAUGGGGAAGAAAGUACCACUGCUAGAUACCACUUCAGUCAUGGGAGUACCGAGUACCAGUAGCCAGAACAUCAAUGCUCAAUCGCGUUCUGCUUUAGCGUACCAUUCAGGAGACACGAGCAGAAGAAACAUCGGUAUAUCCACUUCUAGUACUACUUCACGUUCAACCACCAAAACUAGUUCCAGCCCUUACAGGAGUGACAGCCAUCUGCGUCAUACGUCAACGUCAACGUCAAACUACAACUCGACAAGUGACGUGCCGUCGUAUCUGCGCGGGUUUGAGCACGAGACCGGCCUGCACAGACAUAGGGAAGUGCCGGAAGAGCCGGAGGAACGACGAGAGAGAAGGACCGAUAGAGCAGAUAGGGGCGAGAGGGAUAGCGAUUCGGACACCGACGCAUCGGAGGGUAGGAGCUUGGAUUUAGCUUCGAGUCAUUCCAGCGAUGAUGAUGAGUCUAGCACUAGACGGCAUCGAACAAGAACAAAUACUGUACGACAAGGAUACCUUCCUAAUAUCACGGAGCAUGUAGUAUCAAGAUGUGGUACGCCACCAUCUUUGAACGUCGUGACCAAUUCUCAGCUGUUUCCAGCUGUGGCGCCUAGCUAUGGAUCCAGGUGGGCUAGCCAACUACCGGAAUCGUAUUUACCAAACCACAACGUUCCUGAAGUUGGUCGUUGGUCAGCUGAAACCGGCUCCGACAACGAGUUCUACCAGAAGAACGGUUCACCAAAUCCGCUCCCACAUCCCGAUGUCACACCCGAAACGAGCGUGCCGGCACUACAUUCCGAACAGUACAUGGUUCGAGCCCAUUACAACAACUACAACCCCAGUUCUUUGGUGUACAAAGGGGACUACAUGCCUAAGGUGAUGCCUCACGACAAUAUGAACUACCAGGAUUACGAUAGGGGUAGUGAUAUCGAUGAAAAGGGCCAUAUGAACGACAAGUAUCAUUUUCCAUAUACAGUAGAAUUUUGUCUAACUUUUGCUUGUGUCUUUGUUCACUGCUGCUUAGAUAAUGAUUUCAAAGGUUUGUGCUUCAGUAUUAUUAAUUGCAUGAUAAAUUCUUAG